AUGGUUGGUUUCGAUGCCGACAUGAAUCGGGACGAUGAUGGUGACAAUAUUGGACUUGGUUGCGCUUUAGAGCAUUUCUCAGAGAUAGAAGAUGUGAUGAAUAUGAUAGAUAAUGUAAAAAAUAUAUAUAAUACGCCGACAUUAGAAUUAGAAUAUGAUAAACUGUAUGCAAUAUUAAAACAGUAUUAUGAGCAACCUCACUUGCUGGACCCUCAUUUGGAUAAGAUUCUGUCUAAGUUCCUGAGUCUGAUCAGGGACAAAGACUCACCGGUUGAAUUGAAACAUGCUACAUUUAAUUAUAUGUAUCAAGUAAUAAGAGUUAGAGGAUACAAGGUGGUUGUGAGGCACCUCCCACACGAGGUUUCAGAUCUCAUAACAGUCUUGACAUUCCUGGAGACUCAAGAUCCAAAUGACAAAGAAACUUGGAGAAGCAGAUUUGUGUUGUUGCUAUGGCUCUCUAUUGUAGUAAUUAUUCCAUUCCCCAUGAGCAGGCUAGAUGGCUUUGCACCAGGACAACCAGAUGCUGCCAGUGGAUCAAAGAAACUAACAGUAAUAGAAAGAGUAUUUAAUAUAUGCAAAACCUAUGCCCUUUGCAAGGACUCGUGUGCAGAGGCCAGUGCCUACUUGGCUUCGAAGUUUCUUAUAAGGUCAGAUGUUAAAGAACUGUACAUGGGUGCAUUUUUUGACUGGGCAUGUGAGCUACAUUCCAAUAUUCAAGAAGAAGAUACAAUCCACUAUGGAGUAUUAGCUGCUGUCGCUGCUGUUCUCAAACAUGGCAAGAGAGAUGACUUAUUGCCUUUUGCAUCUAAAUUACUGGAGUGGGUCACCAACCAAAACUACCAGUAUCAUAAGGCUAUGCUUGUUAGAAAAUAUGGUGUUAAAAUUGUACAGAGAAUAGGUCUAACAUUCCUGCGGCCACGCGUUGCGUCGUGGAGAUACACUCGUGGUUCGCGCUCUUUGGCCGUUACGUUGGGUGGAGUCGCAGCCUCUGGAGAUACUGAACCUAUAAACUCCCUUCCUGAUGACGAUGAUCAAGAUAUACCGCAAGAAGUGGAAGACGUAGUAGAGCUGUUGCUGUGCUCCCUCCGCGAUGACGACACCGUGGUGCGGUGGUCGGCGGCCAAGGGCGUGGGCCGCAUCGGCGCGAGGCUCCCGCCCGGCGCCGCCGCCGACGUGUGCGAGAGCGUGCUCGUGCUCUUCGCGGACCACGAAAAGGAGACCGCCUGGCACGGCGGCUGUAUGGCACUGGCUGAAUUAGCGCGGCGCGGGCUGCUGUCUCCGCCGCAGGUGGGCGCCGGCGUGGCGCGCGUGGGCGCGGCGCUGCGGCGCGACGAGGCGCGCAGCGCGGCGGGCGGCGGGGGCGGGCGCGCGGCGCGGGACGCGGCGUGCCACGCGGCCUGGGCCUUCGCGCGCGCCUACGACGCCGCCGCGCUCGCGCCGCACGCCACCGCGCUCGCCAACGCGCUCAUCUCCACCGCCUGCUUCGACAGAGAAAUAAAUUGUAGACGAGCAGCAUCAGCCGCUUACCAGGAAAACGUAGGUAGACACGGCAUGUUCCCGCACGGGAUCGACGUGCUCACCACUGCGGACUUCCAUUCGGUCGGGCCGAGGAACAACGCCUACCUGGUGAUCGCCCCGCAAGUGGCCAGCUACCCCGAGUACACGCAGCCACUCAUCGACCACCUCGUUGAUUUAAAAGUCGAACACUGGGAUUAUGCCAUUCGUGAGAUAGCCGCUAAAGCGCUGUAUAAAUUGACCGAAAAGAUUCCUGAUUACGUCGCAACUGUUGUACUACCGAAGCUCGUCAACAAAACUGAAUCCAUAGAUCUGAAUGUACGUCAUGGAGCAAUACUAGCUAUUGGAGAAGCUAUUUACGCUUUGUCUAAAGCUAAGUUACCCAAUGGUAAAAUGGCUGACUCAUUGAUUACCGAGGAAAUCUCCGUAAGCGUCCGCAACCUGGUCCCGUCGCUACGCGUCCGCCAGCAGUUCCGCGGGCUGGGCGGCGAGCUCAUGCGCCAGGCCUGCUGCCACUGCAUCGCGUCCCUGGCCCUGGCCGGGGCUCCCUACCAUGGACAUGAGAUUAUAGAUGAUUGGCUUAACUUGAUCGAGGAAUGUUUAUCUCAUGAAGUACAAAUUAUCAGGGAGAAGGCCAUUUACGCAUUACCACUUGUUUUCGACGAAUAUCUCUGCGAUGACGGGCUCAAGUACGGCGAGAUGAGCGUCAAGGAGAAACGGAAGCAGUUGUUGGAGAAGUACUGUGAUCAGCUGUCAUGCAGUGGGGUCAAUGGUCUAGUAUUGAGAAUGGGCUAUGCGAGAGCUGUGGGUUCGUUACCAAAGUUCGUCCUCACCGAGCAUCUGCCAGUAGUAGUUAAAGCCCUUAUCCAAUGCACUAGAGUGACGGACUCGACUCAGAAGUGGGCCGAGGCGCGUCGUGACGCGGUUAUCGGUUUGACCGAAGUUUGUCAAACUCAGGGCAUCGUCGGCUCAAUCGACAAGUACAUCGGCGAAAUUGUAUCUGCGCUCUUGGACUGCUUGUUGGAGUACACCAUUGAUAUGAGGGGGGAUGUCGGUGCUUGGGUGAGGGAAGCUAGUAUGACAGGAUUGUUGUCUAUUUGUAGACAAUGUGCAGUGGAAGCUCCACAUUUAAAUUCUCCUCAAAUAAUAAAGGAUAUAAUGUGUGGAGUCGCGCAGCAGGCUGUCGAGAAAAUCGACCGAACCCGAGCUCAUGCUGGCAGAAUAUUCACUUCGUUUAUUUAUAACGAUCCACCAAUAACAAACAUUCCUCACCAUGACGCUCUGAAGAGAAUCUUUCCAUCCGAAGAAGUGGAACUGAAGCAACCGCACCAAAUGGACGAUGACAACGAACAGACAUUGACAAGUGAAAAUUCCAACGUAGUACUGUGGCUGUUCCCGGGACACACCAUGCCCAGAUUUGUGCAACUGCUCAACUACUCAGACUAUAGGUACAACCUCAUAAAGGGGUUAGUUGUCAGCGGCGGCGAGUUGACGGAAAGUUUGGUGAAACACACUACGCAAUCUCUCUAUGAUUAUCUAAAUACUCUGCACAGUGAUAAAGAAAUGCUGAAUAGCAUUUGUGAUACUAUCAUAAAAGUGUUUGCUGACAAUUUACACGUUAAAAGGAUCAUGGGGCCCAUGUUCAACUUUUUGGAUCGAUUAUUGAGUUCAGAUAAUUUUAUCGUGAUACAACUGCACUUGUAUUUUUAUAAAUAUAAUAGGUUCAUAUGUAAUUCUUACUAUCAAAGACUGAAAAGUGACUUUAUUGUAAAAAUCGUUGCCAUAUGUCUGGUUAGCGGCCUUGAAAUUUCCAGCACCUACUGCUGGAAAUUUCUAUUCGAGGCUAGAAGGCCCAAACAUGCUGAUAGUAACUUAUUCGCGGUUAGUGGGAUCGGACUUUCCAGCAGUAGCCCAUUCGAGGUCGGCGGAGAAGUAUGUAGCAAGUCCUUGGGUCAACUGGUGAUCUACCUGUGCUACGCAGACCGUUACGUGCGCAGGUGCGCCGCCGCCAGGCUCUACGAAGCGCUAACCCUCUACGGCGACGUGUGUUCUGUGCCGCAGGAUAACAUUGAUCAGAUAAUGUCGGUCCUCGCUGAAACCGACUGGGAGAAAGAAGUAUCUGAACUAAGACCGAUAAGAAACGGCCUAUGCGAUUUAAUGGACAUCAAGAAGCCUGUCAUGAAACAGAAAACACCUUCAUAA